AGAGGGAUUCCUUUUAGGAAGGGCUGCAUCUGCUGUAGGAUCUCAUUUAAAUUCCCUGCUCCCUCCMAGUGCAAAUUCCUUUAUUUAGGAGCAGAUUUUCCCUGUUUUAUCAGACCUAACUUAGUGUGAAGUGACAAAAAUGUUCUUGAGAUCCAAGAAACAAAAAGGGAUGACACGGAGAGGUUUUUUUAGGAGGGAGAGCAAAUCCUUAUUUUUUUCCCUAUUGGGCAGCUUUAAAUAGAAACAUUUGGAAUUUUUCCUAAGUGAAAUCUGCCAGACAGACUAAAGAAAGUGGGAUUUUAUCAGAGACCUCAGAAAACAGAUUUUAUGGAAUAUUUUCAGGGGUGUGGAGUGGACAGCACCGAGAUGCUGUCACACAGAUUGUCCCUUUUCCAGCUUGGAGAAGUAAAUCUGUCCUUCCACAGCCAUUUUUUUCCCCUAUUGGGCAGCUUUAAAUAGAAACAUUUGGAAUUUUUCCUAAGUAAAAUCUGCCAGACAGACUAAAAUAAGGAGGAUUUUAUCUGAAACAGAUUUUAUGGAAGAUUUAUCACCUGCUCAGGGGUGUGGAGUGGACAGCACCGAGAUGCUGUCACACAGAUUGUCMCUUUUCCAGUUUGGAGAAGURGAUUUGUCCUUUUAUAGCCAUCCCUGUGAAUUUUUUAAAAACCAUUCCAGGAGGUUUUUCCAGCCCCUGGGAUACAAACUGAGCUUUCCUGGAGCUGUUUUCCCUUUUUCUCCUCCUCCUGCAGGUCACAGAUGUCCCCCAGCCAGGAGCGGCCAUCGCUGCGUGGCCGACAAUUCCAACCUCUACGUUUUUGGAGGAUACAACCCUGACUAUGAUGAGUCUGGAGGAUCAGAAAAUGAGGAUUACCCUCUCUUCAGGGAGCUCUGGAGGUACAACUUUGCCACAGACACCUGGCAUCAGAUGGGCACAGAAGGCUACAUGCCCAGGGAAUUGGCCUCCAUGUCACGUACGUACAGAAAUCCAACUCCUUCUCUGCCUAUUCCUGGAGYUAUUUUAAUCCUGGUUAUUUUAAUCCAGAGCAACGGGAACGACGUCCACGUGUGCAACGUGAAAUACAAGAGAUGGGCCCUGCUCAGCUGCCGUGGCAAAAAACCCAACCGCAUCUACGGCCAGGUGGGGAGCCCAAAACCCCAAAAUNAAAAAAAUGAAAUUCUAAAUGAAAAAGUGAUUUCAGGAGUGGUGAUUUUAGACCUGCUUAGUCACUGGCUGGGAUCAGCUAUUUUUGGGUUUACACUGAAUGAAAAAAAUGGGUUAUUUAUAGUGGRUCAGAGCCUGGAACUGCAUCAUCCUGGUGCUGCCAGAGCCAGGAAAUCUCAUUUUGCUCCUUUUUCCCUUCAGAUCCACGCCUACAACCUGGAAACCAACACCUGGGAGGAGAUCACCACCAAACCUCACGAGAAAAUCGGCUUCCCAGCAGCCAGAAGAUGCCACAGCUGUGUCCAGAUCAAAAAUGAUGUGUUCGUGUGUGGAGGAUACAACGGAGAGGUGAUUCUGGGAGAUGUUUGGAAGCUGAACCUGCAGACUUUCCAGUGGGUCAAGCUGCCAGCUGUGAUGCCAGAGCCCGUGUAUUUCCACUGCGCUGCUGUCACCCCGGCUGGCUGCAUGUACGUCCACGGAGGGGUKGUCAACAUCCACGAAAACAAACGGACUGGCUCCCUGUUCAAAAUGUGGCUGGUGGUGCCCAGCCUGCUGGAACUGUGCUGGGAGAAGCUUCUGGAAUCUUUCCCUCAUUUAGCAACUCUCUCCAGAUGUCAGCUUUUACACCUCGGACUGACGCAGGGACUCGUUGAGCGACUAAAAUGAGAACAUCUCCAACUUGUGGCCGAAAUGGCACCUYGAAGAAUUGCCCUUCCCUCCCCCUAUUUAUGGAUUCCAUGGAUGGUCUUGCUAAGAACACGGAGGAACCUGCUCACGGCCUUACUGAGCAAAUACAUUGAUGCCUUUCCAGACGUUGUUACUUUUGCUCAUUGAAAAAAAAAAAAAGAGAAAAAAAAGCCCCUUUUUAUUUAUGGAGCUCUGAAUGACACCAUUAAUCAGAAGCAUUUUCUGACACUAAGCAGUCCCUGCUUGCAAAUUAAUUGGGGAGCUUGAUGAAUUCAUGAAUGUCUGAGCUUGUGCUUACACGUGGCACCUUCACCUCGGUGUUUUUACCAUAUUUUAUCCAACGAGGAACAUUUGCUGCAGAACCACCACCAACCUGUUUUUUUUUUUU